AUGCGCCUCUCCAGGCCCCGGCUCCGAGUUUCGCAGCCCGAAUCAGCCUUUGCAUCCGGUAAUGCCAGAUGGACGAACCGUGAUCUCGAUCCUAUUCCCUUAUUAGGCCGCAAAUGGGGUGUAGCCAGUAUUAUAGCAUACUGGAUAUCUGACGCCUUUAACGCCGCAUCCUGGGAAUUCGCCAGCAGCAUUAUAGCAGUCGGUCUCACCUACAAAGAAGCUCUGGCCAUCAUCGCAAUCUCCUUCUUCAUCAUCUCUUUUGUGAUUGCAGGAAAUGGCACCGUCGGCGCAACAUACCAUAUCCCCUUCCCGGUAAUUGCCCGCGCAAGCUGGGGCUUCUGGGGCUCCUAUAUCCCCAUCGUCUCACGGGUUAUUCUGGCCGUUUUCUGGUUCGCCAUCCAGAAUAUCAAUGGUGGAAAUGCGGUGCGUGUGAUGCUAGGCGCUAUCUGGCCGAGUUAUUUGAGGCUGGAGAAUGGGAUCCCUGAGGACCAGGGUAUAACCACCAAUGGGAUGGUGGCAUAUUUCAUCUUUUGGGUUGUGCAGUUUCCCUUUCUUUGUCUGCAUCCUAAUAAGUUGCGGUGGCUUUUCACUGUCAAGUCGGUGCUGGUGCCGAUUGCUUGGAUUUCCAUCCUGAUCUGGGCUUUCGUGACCGAGAAGGGCGGCGGUGGUGUUUUCCAGAACAAAGUUGCGUCUGUUUCCGGGUCCAAGUAUAGCUGGUUGUUCUUGGCCAAUAUGACCUCUGUGCUGGGCAACUAUGCCACUUUGAGUGUAAACCAGUCGGAUUUCUCCCGCUACUCUCGCGUCAGCCCGCGCUGGCAACUCCUCUACAUCCCCAUGCUCCCAAUAAUAUUCACCUUCAUCGGCUUCAUCGGAAUCGCAGCCUCAUCCGCCGGCCAAUCACACUACAACCUAUCCUCAAUCCCAUGGGACCCCACCGUCCUAAUAAGCUACUGGCCCAACCGAUCCUGCCGCUUCUUCGCCGCCGCCUCCUUCGCCCUCGCCUCACUAGGAGUAAACAUUUCCGCAAACUCGCUCUCCGCCGCAAACGACUUCACCGCGCUAGCACCCCGCUUCAUCAACAUCCGCCGCGGCCAGAUUCUGUGCGCAUUGCUCUCCUGGGCGCUCGUCCCCUGGAAGAUCCUCGAGUCUGCGGAUAACUUCCUGAACUUCAUGUCCGCAUAUGCUAUUUUCCUAGGCCCCAUUGGGGCGAUCAUGUUAUUUGAUUACUGGGUUAUUCGCAAGCAGAUGUAUGAUUCUCUUGCGCUGUAUCAGCUCUGGAACCCGAUUUACCGGUACGAGUUCCGAGUGUUUGGCAAGGUCAUUUCAGGCGUGAAUUGGAGGGCCGUUGUUGCCUUUUUGGUUGGUGUUGCGCCGAAUUUGCCAGGAUUGAUUAAUACGGUCAAUUCGUCCAUUGAGGUUGGGGUGGGGGUGCAUCCGUAUCAGUUUGGGUGGUUGUUGGGCUUCUUUUCUACUGGAGCGGUUUACAUUGGACUGUCGUGGGUGUUCCCGGCCACGGAAGCUGCUGUUGAGAAAGCGGUGCAUCCGGAUGAGGUUUAUGAAGAAGCUGGUGCUGUGGUGAUGGGUGUGGAAGCGCAUUGCAGUGGCAGUGCGUGUGGUGAGGAUGGGAACAUGAAACUCAGUAAGCGGGGGAUCGAGUCCGAGAAGAUCGUUUAG